GAAAUCUAAAACUGAAACGAAAUCAAAAUCGAAAGGAAGGAGAAGGUCAAUGGCAGAGAGUGUAGGUUUAGGUGGGUUGGGUGUUACAGGUUCAACUCUUCCCUCAUUCUCUCUUACAAGAUCUCACACUUCCAUUCCCAACAUCUCCAUAUUCUUUCGCUCUCAAUCUCAUUCCCCUGCUUUCCGUUACUUCACGCGUUACAAUCCCCACCUCCACGCCGCCGUCACUUCCGACUCCAAGGCCACUUCGCUUGACUUGACUCAACCCGAUUUCGAUCAUACCGGUGGCGGUUCCGACGCUAACGGAAACGGUAACGGCUCUGGUGGCGGCGGAGGAGGCGGAGGAGGAGGAGAAGGAGGUGAUAACAGCAAGGGCGAGGAAGGGUCGGGCAGUGACAAGAGGAAAAUGGCUUUGUUAAUGUCCCAGAAAUUCACUCUAGCUUAUGCUGCACUCGUCGGAGUGGGUGGUGUAAUGGGUUUUCUCAAGAGUGGCAGUCAGAAGUCGCUUUUGGCUGGGGGUUUGUCUGCAUCACUGCUAUAUUAUGUAUAUACUGAGCUACCUGGAAGGCCUGUUUUUGCAUCAUCUGUGGGCCUUGGGAUAUCUGCUGCACUUCUUGGGGUGAUGGGUUCUCGUUUCAAGAAAUCAGGUAAGGUCUUUCCAGCAGGUGUUGUGUCACUUGUGUCGCUUAUAAUGACGGGUGGUUACUUGCAUGGAAUUAUGCGUAGUGCCCACUAGAUACAAUAUCACACAAAUAACGAAGCUGAGGUGGUUGUGGUAGGAUACCUUGGAAACUUUCUCAGUGUUGUUCAUCAAUGUAGUAAACCUUUGUUGUUAAAUAAGGAUGUUUGGCCUCGGUUUACGGCCAUAAUUGUUAUUUUCGUGUGUACUUUUAUCGUGUGCACAGUUCUGUCCCAGUUCUAUUUGAACCUAUGCGUAUUUAGUUAUAACUUA